GCAUAUAAAAAGCUAUGCAGCUAUGGCAACUCCAUUUGCAUUUGUCUCUCUUAAACCAGAAACCACCCCAAAACCUUUUUCUUGGUUUUUUUCCUCUCCUUCUCUGCAGUCCCAUCCAGAGCCAGAGAAACCUAGUAUAGUGUUCCAACCAUCAAACACACAAAAAUGUUCAAUGCAAAACCAGAGCUUCCCCAGAAGAGUGUGCUCCAAAUCAAGAAAGAUGACAAGUUCUUCUGCAGGCUACUAUCAAAGGAGAGUUCCAUGUCCAACCCAUCUUUCAGAGUAGCUGCUGUUGCUGUCCCAUUUGUGUGGGAAUCUCAGCCAGGAACCCCUAAAUACACAUUCUCUGAGCACACUCUGCCUCCGCUGACUCCUCCACCUUCCUAUCAUCUCAAAAAUGUCAAUGCUACCAAAAAAACAGAGAAGAAAAGCUCAAGAUCAAAAUAUUUUCUUGCUCUGAUUCCAAAAUUUAAUCUCAAGAAAAUGAUUAUGUCAUCCUCAUCCUCAUCCUCACUUCCAUCACCACACCCUUCAUGGUCAUCAUCACCAGAUUCUUCUUCCAAGGUUGUCCCUGAUGCAAAGUUUGGGAGGAGAAGGUUCUUAAGCUCAUCUUUUGAUUUCAGGGGAGAAAAUGAAAAAGUUGGUUCUGGUUCACCCACUUCUACUUUGUGCUUUGGCAUUCCUCGUUCCUUUAGUUCCAACAGUGGGUUCCAAAGUAACUACAGGAGGCAAGCAUAAGGGAGAUCAAGAGUUCUCAUAGUAGUUUGGCCUGGAUCUGGAACUGGAAUUAGCCAAGGUGCUCUGUUGCUUAUUGUUUUUUUCUUGGUGAAUCUUUCUAGCUAUGCUCUUUCAACUUUAGUGGACAAACAAUUUCUCUAUGCUAGAAUUGUUCUUGAGUUUUUCCUUGCGAAUAACAAACCCUGCUAGCUUCUUAAAGUGUAUGAGUGUAUUGUAUUGUAUUAUCUGAAACAAUGUAUGCAUUUCAAAACGAUCAUAGUUCCAUUUA